AUGUCCCUCGAGCCCACUUCGCCUGUGCUAGUCAUGAAGAUUCGUGACUUUGCGUAUGACGAAACCGACGAACGACAUUACGGAAAGGGUCUUGAGGGACAAGGCCAGCCGAAGCCGAAGCCACCUCCGGAACGGAAGCCGUUUCAGACCAAUUGGGGUUUUGGACAAGCCGUCGAGAAUGAUUCCGACUUAGACCAUAGCCCAUAUCCAUCGUACGACGACGAGGAUGAGGAAGACAGUUUCGAGCGCCCGUUUGUUCCCGGCUUGUACCGUUGUCUGUACGACUUCAUCCCGGAAGGAACAGCAGAACUCCCAAUGACUGCGGGCCACCUCUAUCGGAUCGUGUCGAGAUGUGGACCGAUCGGCUGGGUGAUCAUGGUGAAUGCGGAUGGGACGACUGGUAUUGUUCCCGAGGGAUAUCUUACUCUUGAACGAGGUGAAGAAGACCUUGAGGAAGAGUCUGUAGAGUUGGACCAGGACUUCAGUGUAGCAGAGGACGGAACAGACACUCCUACACCCUUGGAAACGCCAACACCGAGCUCAUCUACGGAAAGCAUGGAUGAUGAUGCCCCACCCACUCCCCAUGCACAAGACGACCUCUCUAAGACAAUCACCCCACCAUCACCUGAAAGCGGAAAGACAGAGUUACGCAAGCCAGCUUCAGACGAUGACGAUUGCACCAAGAGACCCUGUCUGAUGUUAUAUCAACAGAAGAAUCCGCACCACCACCACUAG